AUGAGUGUGCUGGGGAAUGCGCUGCGCCGGACGGCCCGGGCGAAUGUCUGCGGGGAGACGUCGCGGAGGGCUCUUUUCGGAGCGUCCCAGAUUCCUGUCCCGACGAGACCGCAAUGCCCCCUCGGCCGAACACCCACACCGUCCUCCGACCUCCUCCGAGCGAUACACACAUCACCGCCGCGAGCGUCGUGUACAUGGCGCACCGAGCCGCCGACACCGCCGACGAACGAGGUCAACAUGAAGGAGGAGCUGCCGGACCAGCUGCGCGGCGUGAUGCGCCGGCUGGCGCACUCGGUGGUGGUGUGCACGUCGACGGACCGGGACGGGCGGCCGCGGGGGAUGACGAUGUCGAGCUUCGUGAGCCUAAGCAUGGACCCCGUGCCGCUUGUGAGCUUUAACGUGCGGACGCCGAGCCGGACGCUGGCUGCGAUUGAGGAUUUAGGCGGCCGGUUUAAUGUGCAUGUGCUGGCGGAGGGGGAGGCUGGGGCGAGGGUCGCGGAGUGGUUUACGAGGGGGAACUCGGACGGCGAGGUGUUCAAGGAGUUGCCGAGUGGUGUGGAGGUUGAGGAGGAGGAUGGGGAGGCGCCGGUGCUUGGGGGCCGAGGGGUGCUGUUUGUGUUGAAGUGUCGGGUGCUGGGGGAGGGGGUGGUGAGGGUGCGGGAUCAUGUUGUUGUCGUUGGGGAGGUGGAGGGGGUGAGGAAGGGGGGUGGCGAGGGGUUUGGGCUUGUUUAUGCGGAUCGGAGGUAUCGUGUGCUUGGGGAUGUUUUGGUGAAGGGGGAGUAG